AUGCGGGAGGCAUUAAUAUCAAUUCUUGCGCUUCUUACCGUGGCCCCAUUCGCGAAAACCUCUGAGAUGGGGAAAGACGGCUUUAAUCUGUAUAAAGAUUACUUAAGGGCACGCUCCGAGGACGCUGACGGUCCAGGACCAUCAGAACGUAUGCUAUAUCGAGCUCCCUUGCAGCUUUAUCCAGGAUUACUGCCAGCAGUAGAGCAAGAGUACAGAAAGAGAACAGGGAAUGCAUUCAAAAAUCACCUGCUAAGUAAAGAGUUUUGGGCAGACGAGGCGGGAGAAGGAUUAGGCAAGAGAAGUUCCAGAACGGCUAUAUCUCUAAUCAUGCAAGGAAAACAUCCUUAUGACAUUACUGAAAGCCCUCUGAGAGACAACAUGGAGCCUCUAGAAUAG